AUAUAUGAUGAAUCUCCUGAUGCUUCUGCUGUUUGCGUUGCUGCUGACAGUCCCCUAUUGUUGUGAAGGAGCUUCAUCCAACGCUUUGGAUGAAGGGAUUAAAAUUGGUCAAGAAAAAGCAAACAUCUUUAUUAGAAGACAGAAGAGGGCUUACCCAUAUUCUGAAAGGUACUAUGAAAUGUUCAAGUCCCCGAUGGAGCUGAAGCAAGAACAGUGUGAGCAUUAUACACCCUGUAACCACUACUCUGAAAUAGUGGGAUUUCCUACAGCAUAUCGCCGUUACUUUGGAAGCAUAUGAAUAUAGUCAUUUCUCAUCCAACUGGGACAUCUGCGAGAGCAAAGAGUGACUGGUGCAGGGCAGUUUAAGAAAAAUAAAAAUAGCAUCUUGUUUCUAUUUUACUAACAAGAGUUUAACAGCAACAUAUUCACUUUAAAGAUAAGAAAUAAGUACUGUCUUUUUUCUGAGGACCAAGUAAGUACUAGCAAGGUCUGCUAGUAAUUCUAUAAAUUCCAGUAUUUCUUGAAACAUAAAUGACAUUUCUUGGAAAGGGAAGGCAAAAAAUUAUUAAGGUAAUUGGAAGUUGAGGGAAGUUGAGGGGCAAUCUAAUGGUAAAAUUUGUAGUUCUAGAAAGAGAUGUUAUGGUGAAUGUUCUCAUAUUUCAAACUGCGAUGUGAUAGGAGGGUAUUGUUAACAAGGUUUUUCUUAAAUCAAUUCAUACGUUUUUAUAUCAAUUCAUCAAUGCACACUUACGUUUUUGUCCUGAUCACAGAAACAUUUGAAAUUUAAAAAAAAUAAUACAAAAUUCUCAUGUACAAUGCACGCAUUUCAAAGAAACAUAUUCCUCAACUAUGCUGAUAAUAUAGUUCUUAAUUGUAAUGGGAUUAAACAUGUUCCUGACAAGGAAUUAGAAUAUAGUGAUGCAAAUGUAAA